AGUGUACGGAGAUGUGACAGGCUGUCCGGCAAAAUGAAGAGGUCUGCAAUGCAGCUCACUUUGAUCACCUUGAUCCUACUCAUCAUCCUGUUUAUGGCAGUAUUCUAUUAUUCUGAUUCCCUCUCUUUAUUACGCAAGAGGCAACAGUACAUUAUGGAUGAGUCUACAACCCCUUCAUUGCAUAGGACUGUUGGUACUGAAGAAGUAAUAAACGUGACCAUUCCUACUACCAAACUACAAGAGUUGACUGAUUCCGCCAUGUUUAAAGAUCAAGGGAUCAAGCUGAAGUGGAUAUCGAUGAGAAUUAACAUGUUGGAUCCUUCGUGGGAUGAAGCAAGACUCAAGCUCUUUUCAAAGUCCCCGGAGCUUUUCUCGCGUCCCAAGAGGAUCCUCCUCUUCCCUGGUCUCCUUUCAGAGUACUCUGGCUAUGAUUUUGCAGCUGGCGCUUUUAAAGGAGGAUACCUAGGAGAACUAACCCAAUGGAGUGACCUCAUUGCUUCACUUCAUCUUCUUGGACAUGAGCUGCACAUAGCAGCAACUGUAGGCGUAUUAAAGAAAAACGAGCCACACAAGAUAUUGUAUGAUCUCCUUUUCACUGAUUAUAUGGGUAUGCUGGGCAUUAGGGACAAUGGGCUGUUGGGGAGGUACAAGUGUAGGAUUAGAGUUUUGGAUUCAUUUGGAACGGAACCAAUUUUUGGCUUUAGAACUGAUAAGUUUCGUGCUGAUCAUGAUGGUGAUUGGUUCAGUGCCUGGAACUUUGAGAGUUUGCAGCAAAUGUGGACCCUUUACCCUCAUACUCCUGACAAUUCUUUCCUUGGCUUUGCUAUGCAGCUGCCCAAGGAAACUCCGCCUCGCUCUAAGAGAAAAUUCCAAUCAGUCUUGUAUGGGAAAUCAGCAUCAUAUUUUAAUGGUCAUGCAAAGUACAUCUCCCUCAUAGCUGAUCAAAGCGAAGUUCAUGCUUCUGUAUCAUCUAUGCCUCCUGGUUUUCCAUCCGUUAAACUUCACGGCUUUAUGAAACAGAAAGACAUGAUUAAGUUAUUACAAGAGUCGAGACUGUUUGUUGGAAUGGGUGCUCCAUAUGAAGGUCCUGGGCCAUUGGAAGCAAUAGCUAAUGGGUGUGCCUUCAUUCAGCCUAAGAUAUCUCCUCCUAUCAAUAAGCAUAACAAUGGUUACUUUCAUGGUAAACCCACUGAUAGACUUUAUACCAGUCAAGUACCUUAUCUUGAGAACUUUGUUGGAGAACCUUACGUAUAUACAGUGAACAUUGAGAAUGAUGAUGAGGUCAGAGCUGCCGUCAAAAAGGCGCUGAAUGCUAACUUUAGCUCUUAUCUUCCGUACGAGUUCUCACAGCAAGGAAUGAUGGACAGGAUUGGUACUUAUGUCUACCAUCAAAACUUUUGUGAGAGCAAGAGUCUAUCGCUCCUCCAGAAAGCUUCAUCCAGUGAGAGUCAGUCGCCAGCCAGUGAUGCUGUAGAUGGUAUUUUGACUGAUAACACUUGCUUUAUGUCAAAAAAAUCCACUGGCACUGCUCAUUGGUGGAAGGUAGAACUUAGCAGUGAAAUGAUAAUAGGGAGAGUCAAAAUCAUGAUAGCAUUUGGUUGGGACUGGGCCCUAAGUAACAAGGUGUGUUCCAAUCCUUAUCGUGUGUCUCUCUUGGACUCAAAAGAGACCUUGAUAAUGUCUCAUGUAUACCACGACUGUAGAAUAGUCUACGAAUGGAAGAGACUAAACAGACUCGCCCAGUUUGUGAAGAUAGAAACAAUAGAUACUAGUAAAGAGUCCCAGCUGGUCCUUUGUUCAGUUGAAGUGUUUCCAUAUGAAGUCUCGCCUUCAGUUCCUUCGUGGCCAAACUCGAAACACCUUCGUACAGUUAUCAGUAAACCGGGACAGAAUUGCAGAGAUUCUUGCUUAGAGAAUAAAAUGGUAUGUGAAUCAUCAUUCUUUUCACUGAUAAAUACUCACGAAGCUGUCUUUAAUCAUCUCGGUUGCAAUGUGACUCACACAUUGGAAGAAAAAUAUGCAGACUAUGCUCCUGCAAUUGCUGUAUCAGCUGAUAAGCCAAUAGAGCCUGGACACUGCGUCAUUAUUGACAUUAGAAGAUUAUUAGGAUGUCCUGGAUAUUCGAAAAAUUUUAGAAGACUAUGUCCAUGCAGAACUAUUGUUCCUGGUCAAAUAGCAAUAGCAGAAUCUUAAAUUGUUUUAUAAAUUUUUAUUCGAAGAAUUUUAUCACCAAAAAUUUUGUAGUAGCCACACCCGUGGAGUUCAGCCU